GACAACUUGUAGAUCCGUGGGCCGCGUAGCGUCAUGGCGCUAAAAAACUCUCUCGCCGCCUGUCCUACCGCAACGGGCAAAAGGACGACUCUCCCAGCUGGCCUCGUGACGGGCGCUUUCCCCAUCUCCACAUCGCCGCCCCGCGCAGCUACCGCAUCGGCGACGGCGAUGAGACACGGGACGAGGCUGCUCUGCGCACUAGCGCUGACGCUGCUAUGCAUGGCCACCCACUUCCAGGGUGCAUCCUGCCGCGGCGGCGGCGGUGGCGGUCGCGGAGGAGGAGGAGGCGGUGGCGGAGGAGGAGGAGGACGCGGCGGCGGGUCAGGAACAGGUGGCGGCCGGUCGGGAAGAGGCCGCUCUGGUCGCCCGUUCCUCGGCGGGGUCGGUGCGGGAGCCGCCGCCGGCGUCGGCGCGAGGACGGCCGCAGGAGGAUCGCACGGCCACCGCAGCGUCGCAGCGGGUGGCGCGGGCGGGCCAGGCGUGUGGAGGGUGGCCGGCGCCGGCGCGGCCCUCACCGCCGCGUUGCUCGCCUAGUCGCCUGGCUGUGAUCGUCGCGCGUGUUGGAGGCGCGUAAUCCAGGUUAGAGUUAGACACGAGGGGUUGGUAGAGUUUAGUGGUAGCAGUAGCAGAUCGGUGGAGACAUGUGUGAGUAUCGCGCCGUUCUGGGAUCUGAACUGAAGUGUGUGUCAUUGUGAUUAUCUUGUGGAGUAGUAGAGUUUUAGCGAUUAGCUAGCUGUGCAGUAGGGCGACUUUACGAUUUCUUGUUGAGUAAUUCCCACCACGUAUAAAUAAGAAGAGGAGUUCAAAGGUUUGUGGGCGUGAUUGUGUGUGUGGUACAUUCAAGAUUCAACUUAUAUCUGCAAGACUGCAACGAUCUCUGUUUUUUUGGAA